GGGCUCAGUUGGACUGGACAGAGAUGAAUUUCCACGUCAUCUUACGUCUCAACAUUUCUGCCUCUCGAUACCCCUACAACUCGGGUAAGAGGCACGCGCACAUGAGAGCAUGUUGUGGGCGUUGCGUAAAGGUCUCGCUAGCCCAAGCUAGACGAUGCGCGGGUACAAUGAUGGAUUUUGACGAGAGGGUUUCCGUUGGCUCCAACAUGUAUCUGCCCAGCUGCACAUAUUACGUUCCGGGUGCUGAUUUCUCCACGUUGCCCUCUUUUCUAUCUCAAAGUCAGUCUUCUCGUCCCGUCACCUACUCUUACUCCUCUAACCUGCCUCAGGUACAGCAUGUCAGGGAGGUUACAUUCCGUGACUAUGCUAUUGACGCGUCCGGUAAAUGGACUCACCGGGGUCCACUGGCUCAGUGUUAUCCGUCGGAGGACAUUGUACACAGGGAGUGUUUACCAGCGGCAACGACAGUUGGUGAAAUGUUCCCUAAAAAUAAUACAUCUGGGUAUUAUCACUCUACAUCGAACUCGACCUCCGCGCACAAUUUCUACGGCAGUGUUGGAAGAAACGGGGUGCUUCCUCAAGCAUUUGACCAGUUUUUCGACAACGCUUACGGCGGCUCGGACAGUGUAGCGAACAGCGACUUUGCAGCGAGGGAUAAAACGCACUCCAGCAAACAGCCAACGCCAGCGCCGGAGCAGGACUCCGAAGGAAAAGAGCGACGGGAGACCAGUAGUCCCGAAUCUUCUUCCGGAAACAAUGAGGAAAAGACUAUCGGUGCGAGCAGUGGACCCAGGGUACGCAAGAAGAGAUGCCCCUACACUAAAUUUCAAAUUCGGGAGCUAGAGAGGGAAUUCUUCUUCAGCGUGUACAUCAACAAAGAAAAACGACUUCAGCUCUCACGGAUGCUUAACCUCACCGAUCGCCAAGUAAAAAUAUGGUUCCAGAACCGGCGCAUGAAGGAAAAGAAACUAAAUCGGGACCGGUUACAGUACUACACCAACCCACUGCUCUAGAAGAAGGAAAUAUCAACAGAUAUUAGAAUAUACAACAGCUGCAAUAAUGAGAUCACAUAAGAGACGUUAUAUAGACUCUCAGCGGUUAACUUCAAGUUCGUGACAAGGCACCAUUCACUUGUAUACAAUUACAGAGAGCAUAUAGGCCUAUGACAUUUAAAUUCACAUAAUUUAAGUACGUUUUUAAGUUUUAUGCUCGUAAAAAAUAAACGUAGGCCUAUACAAUUUUGUGGCGAACAGAAAUGUUUUAAUUAUACGCUCGUGAUACACAGUAAACAAGUAGCUAUACUUCUCCCCUUGCAUUUAUGAUGGACACGCGAAGAUUGAGUGCAAAUGGCUAAAAUAUAUGGGUCUACACAAGGAGAGACUUGACAGGCCAUUCGUAUGGCGUGUUAAUUUCUGUGGAGGAAUGUUGUACAAGUUGGCCUAAUGACUUUGGUGUGACCAAACAGAAUAAAAAGUGCUAGAAGCAGACUGCACCCAAUUUUCGAAUUAUUUAUUUAAUUUGCUAGCAAAUGGAAUUUCCACCAUCUUUGUUAGUGAACACUUUAAGCAAUAACACUUUCUUCUACAUGCCGUCUCGGGAUUGUAAAUUUAAACUCAUUACAAACAACUGUGUACUCAUUAUAUUCAAAGUUUUCACCUGGUGCAAACUCUGAACAAAGAGACAAUGCUAGUUGACUGCACGGAAAAUGCAAACUCGCUCAAUCUCAUCCCAGCCAUAAAAAACAUUUCCGGACUCGAAUAAGGUCAUCUUUAAGAAGUGGACUCUUUACAUAACUGUUCUCAUAAGAAACUUAUUUGCCCAUAUUCUACACCGUGAUGUACAUUGUCAUUAGGUUAAAAAUAAGGUUUGGUCGAUUGUAAUCCAGAAAAUCAUCUGUUUAACAUAUAUUUCCUAAAUUAAAUAACCAAAGAGUUACAAAGUAUAUCUGUAGUACACCGUUCUCUUACAAUUGUAUAGGUAACAUUUUGCAUGAACAUAACAACACAGUCUCAUGAAGAUGCGUAUCUAUACUACGAGUGCGCAUUAUGUGCAUUAAUGAAGAACAAUAUAUAUUUUUUUUGUUUA